CAUCAAUCGGAGGUGGGCUGCAGACUGGUCGGGAUCCGUUUCACCGCCUCGGUCGCUCCAGACGCAUCAGGUCCAGUACAGAGUCACAGAGGACGCUCAGCGCCAAGGCACAGGAAGAGAAGACAGAGAAAGAUCCAGAAACCCGGAGAUCCCAAGCUUGGGUGGCUACAUGCUCACUUUUCUGUGGCUUUGAGAAGAAGAAGUGUAAGAAUCAGCAGGAACCAUGGAUUUUGUAAUGAAACAAGCCUUAGGUGGAGCCACCAAAGACAUGGGUAAGAUGCUGGGCGGGGAGGAGGAGAAGGACCCAGAUGCGGCCAAGAAGGAGGAGGAGCGGCAGGAGGCGCUGAGGCAGCAGGAGGAGGAGAGGAAGGCCAAGCACGCCCGCAUGGAGGCGGAAAGGGAAAAAGUACGGCAGACCAUCAGGGACAAGUAUGGACUGAAGAAGAAAGAGGAAAAGGAGGCGGAGGAGAAAGCGGCCAUGGAGCAGGCGUGCGAAGGUUCACUGACACGUCCAAAGAAGGCGAUCCCGGCCGGCUGCGGAGACGACGACGAGGACGACGAAGAGAGCAUCCUAGACACUGUCCUCAAGUUCCUCCCAGGACCUCUACAGGACAUGUUCAAGAAGUAAAUAAAAAAAACAACAAAAAAACAAACAUGAACCCCAAAACCAGGGUCCAGUCCGGCCUGGGCCAGGCUGUGGGGGGAAAGGGAGGAGGGGAACUUUGUGUUGGGGACUUUGGGUUCAAAGGGUUGAGCAAGCUAGAGGUUUUCAAGUUUGGGGAAAAGAAUUGAGGAACUUGAAUGGGUUUGGGGAUUUGUGUAUGGGUUUCGGGAACAAGGAUUCGGGAGGGGGUUUUGCCAAACUGUUAGAGGCUACUCACUGCCUUUCUAGAACACGUUUACUUUUUUCUUUUCUACUCCUAGACGACAGUGUCAUUCGAUCCCCUUUUUUGCCGUAAUUGCGGUUCAGCAUUCCAGCUGGCACUCAGCACGUUUCUUAAAACUACUACCGUCUUACGUCUUUGGUUUCGUUCCCACUGAAACAUUCCAGAUUAUGAUACCACACUGCUGUCAGGAUCAGACAUUUUAAUGGUUGACCAUCAUCUGCUGCCCAAAGCAAUGGUGUGAUCAAUGAAGAACAGUAUUCCCUGAAAGAAGGGCAGUGGACACCCCUGUGUCCUUUUGCUUCUGUGGUUUUUAAACGACACUGCCACAACUUUUUCCACUAGAUGGAGCAUUUUUUUUUAAAUGGCUACUUUCUAUUUUUAUGAACCUGACGUAGGUCUUUUUAUUGGAAAUCAGCUUUUGAGUUUCUAGGACAUGUGCCUUCAUAUCAUCUCCUCUAGUUGGGGAAUUGUAAAUGAGGGUGUCAUUUUAAGUCAAACAGUUGUACAGUUUGUGGGUAGCAUGUAGGCACGUAUUCAUGGAUUCAACAUAGGCCUCUUUUGGAAUAGCGUAUAUGAUGUUACGUUGGCUGGUAGGCAUGUUCUGGGGUUUCCAAAAGCCGCUGUUCAAAGAGCGUGUUAUCGCCGAGGUUCUUUUGGAAAUCCCAGACAGCCCCAUGGAAAGCCCUCUAAUCUAAGAAGCAGCAAUUAACAUAUUGCAAGAUAAGCUGCAGUCACUGCAAGUUCACCAAACUAAAAGAAGAAUUACACAUUGCUUACAAGGCCACAAGCUUUCGAGGAGCUGUUUGCUGAAGACAGCACACAAGUUUUAUUUCCCCUCAAAUGGCCACCUCUAAGCCUGUCAGCUAGGUAGACUGCCAUUUUGCCAGACACACACAA